CCAUGCACGGUAGCCGUUGGCAGAGGGGGUGGAGCGCGGAGGACCGAGCGUCGGCGGGUGGUUGCCCGUACUGGACAGUUGGGUCGCGGGCGAGAUGCGGAACGGGACGUCGACGUGCGCAGGACGGCAAACGGAGCCGCUUUGGGCAGCGCGGAUUGCAACGGUCGAAUUUCAAACGGAAACCGGGCGUGUUCGUCGUCUUCUGUGGUGGUUGUCCUCAUAUGAAGGUCGAGCGCCCCUGUCCCGGGCAUGUCGGAACACAGAUCUGCAGUGGUCACGUGCGAGGGCGGCUGCAGAGGUGAAUUUCAUGGCUGACGUGCGGAGGAGAUUGCCUCUGCUGGUACUCGCUGUCGUCGUCUUCCUGAUUGUCGUCUUCCUCCACGUGUGUUUUUCUUGGCGGUCGUGGAAACAACAAUGCAAGAGGAGGGCUUCGACGAGACGGGCGGCAGGCGAACGUCUAAUGGCGGGCAUGCAGGCACGACCGGCUGCUGCCGCAGGUCAGGGAGGAGUUCGAUCUUCUGCGGCGGAGCCUCGAAGGCGGUACGACCCGUCCAUGUACACCCAUCUGGAGUCGUGGGACACGCCAUUGCCCCCGUCGGACGAGGAGCCGAAGAAGGAAGAACUUUCGACGUUGCCUCUCGCUAGCGGCUCGACUCAGUUGUGGUCGCAGAUGGUGCGUGCAGGCGGGUCGGCCCCCGACGAAGGGGGCGAGUUCACAUCAUUGCUGCAUCAAGGCUUGCGGGACGACGACGGCGGAGGAGUUGAUCUGAGGUUCGGGUUGUGUUCUGGCAGCGGCAGGGAGGCGAGCCGUACGUUCAUCAUCGACGGAGAUCGUUCGGCACGUGGCGUUGAGCAUGGUGGAAGUCUGCAUAUGGAGCACGGGAUGGCAGCAUGGAUCGACUGCUCCGUCCGUCGAUCGAUUGACACCGACCUGGCCCGCACCCCCGGGGUGGCAGCAGGGCCCCUGCGCAGGGGCGGUGCACGUUCGGUGAUGCCUGCGUGCACGACACCGAUCGAAUCCAGAGUGAGGGAGGAGGGAACGUGUAGAGCGCCGGUACGUCCACGACCCACUGUGGACAACAUAACACGUGGAGUGUCGAACAUGCGGGCACACAACGAUGGAGGCGAAGAGGACGUUGGAUUCGGUGACGACACAGACGAAGGCAUGAGGGAAGACAUGGAAGCGGGGGACGACGACGACGACGUUCCAAUUCUGCCUUUGGGGAAGACGGCUGGGAGGGGGAGAGGACGCGGUAGAGGUGGUGUCCGUGGUCGAUCCGUUGGCCGUGGAGGCAGAGGUGGCAUAAGUGACGGCGCCGGGAAGUCUCCGACGUACUGGUCUGCAGAAGACCAAAUGCUCCUGGUGCGAUGCAAGCGGGAGCAAGAUAUGCACAUCGCUGGCUUGUCUCACAAUUACGGGUGGAUGAAGACGAAAGAAUGGAAGUGGGAGGACAUGUCGAAGCGGAUGGCGAAUGCGGGGAGGCUGAAGGACGCUGACGGCUGCAUGAAGAAGUGGGACAAUCUGUUCCAGAACUACAAGAAAAUUUAGAGGUUUCAGAAUGCCUGCGGGCGGCCAGAUGUUUUCAGGCCGACGAACGAAGAGAGGAAGGAGCACAACUUCAAGUU